UGCUGGCCGGGUGGCGGGAAGGUUUCUGCGGCGGAGCGGGUGACAGAAGGACGUUUGGAUCUCCAGUUCAAUAUUAGAAUGGCAUCUGUCUCAGCUCUAACAGAGGAACUGGACUCUGUAACUAAUGAGCUCCAUGCAAUUGACAUCCAGAUUCAAGAACUUACAGAGAGGCAGCAAGAGCUCCUUCAGAAGAAGUCAAUCCUGACAAAGAGAAUCAAGCAGUGCUUAGAGGGUUCUGAUGCGGAGGCGAGCAGCGACUCCGACUCUUCACCAGCUGCGUGGAAUAAAGAAGAUUUUUCAUGGUCUGCAAAGGUUAAAGAUGUGCUGAGAAAUGUUUUUAAACUGCAGAAGUUCAGACCCCUGCAGCUGGAAACUGUCAAUGUCACCAUGGCUAGAAAGGAUAUCUUUCUUGUCAUGCCCACAGGAGGGGGGAAGAGCUUAUGCUACCAGCUUCCAGCACUGUGCUCAGAGGGUUUUACACUUGUGAUUUGCCCACUCAUCUCUCUUAUGGAAGAUCAACUGAUGGUUUUAAAACAGCUGGGAAUUUCAGCUACUAUGUUGAAUGCUUCUAGCUCUAAGGAGCAUGUAAAAUGGGUUCAUGCUGAAAUGGUGAAUAAAAACUCCCAGUUAAAGCUGAUUUAUGUGACCCCAGAGAAAAUCGCAAAAAGCAAGAUGUUCAUGUCCAGACUGGAGAAAGCCUACGAAGCUGGGAGGUUGACUCGAAUUGCGGUGGAUGAAGUGCACUGCUGCAGUCAGUGGGGGCAUGACUUCAGGCCUGAUUAUAAGGCACUUGGUAUCUUGAAGCGCCAGUUUCCCAAUGCCUCGCUGAUUGGGCUGACUGCAACAGCAACUAACCAUGUUUUGAAGGAUGCACAGAAAAUCCUCUGUGUGGAAAAAUGUUUGACUUUUACAGCAUCUUUCAACCGACCAAAUCUUUAUUAUGAGGUUCGGCAAAAGCCGUCUAGCGCCGAAGACUUUAUUGAGGACAUUGUAAAGCUCAUUAAUGGACGGUACAAAGGGCAAUCAGGAAUCAUAUACUGUUUUUCUCAGAAAGACUCUGAACAAGUUACCAUUAGCUUACAAAAGCUGGGAAUUCAUGCAGGUACUUACCAUGCCAAUAUGGAACCAGAAGAUAAGACCAAGGUUCAUACACAGUGGUCAGCCAAUGAGCUUCAGGUGGUAGUGGCGACGGUAGCAUUUGGCAUGGGAAUUGAUAAGCCAGAUGUGAGGUUUGUCAUCCAUCAUUCAAUGAGCAAAUCCAUGGAGAAUUACUACCAAGAGAGUGGACGUGCUGGUCGUGAUGACUCGAGAGCAGACUGUAUUCUGUAUUACGGAUUUGGAGACAUAUUCAGGAUCAGCUCAAUGGUGGUCAUGGAGAAUGUGGGACAGCAGAAGCUGUAUGAGAUGGUAUCAUACUGCCAGAAUAUAAGCAAGUGUCGUCGUGUGUUGAUAGCACAACAUUUCGAUGAAGUGUGGAAUGCAGACGCCUGUAACAAAAUGUGUGACAACUGCUGUAAAGAUAUUUUGUUUGAGAAAAAGAAUAUAACACAGCACUGCAGAGACCUCAUCAAGAUUCUGAAGCAGGCCGAGGGACUGAAUGAAAAACUCACCCCACUGAAGCUCAUUGAUUCUUGGAUGGGAAAGGGAGCAGCUAAGUUGAGAGUGGCUGGCCUUGUUGCCCCCGCGCUUCCCCGAGAAGACGUGGAGAAGAUCAUCGCACAUGCUCUCCUGCAGCAGUAUCUCAAAGAAGACUACAGUUUCACAGCAUAUGCUACCAUUUCAUAUCUGAAGGUGGGACCCAGAGCCAGUCUUCUCAGCAGCGAAGCCCAUGCUGUCACAAUACAAGUGAAGAGGUCCACGCAUACUGGCAUCAGGGCUGCGUCAUCUGAAGCUUGUCAGUCAGAGCGAGCAGAUGUGAAAGGGGAAGAAAAAAGCUCAGGUAACUUCCAGAAAUCUACAAACAUGCUUCAGCCAUCUGGCUCUAAGAGCACAGGAGCUAAGAAAAGAAAACGUGAAGAUGACUGAAUGUUACUUAAUGUUGCACAAAAAACUGUUUACGUAUGCUUAUGUCUGGAUGAUUUUUAUAAUCAGCUGUUUAAUUUUUGAAACAAUUUCAUGUUUUAUAUGUAUAAAGCCAUAUUUUCAGAGCUUUUCUUAUUCAGUAAUAAAAAAUAAAAAAUACAUCUUUUAUGGAAAAUUGUCUUAAAUGUAGUAUGUGAUAUUAAGUCCAUGUAACUGUUAUAAGCUCGUUGGUCUUGCUAUGGCUAGUUAUCUUCUGAUGUGACUCUCCUUUAACGCAACACUAUGCUGAUAAGGGCUCACCCUUCCAAGUGGGUGACAUUUUAAGCUCAGUAAUGAGAUGACUUCUGGCAAGAAAAGCUUCUGUUAUAAUUAAUGUAAAAACAGAAAGUCAUCAGUACCAAGCAUAUCAGCAAGAAAGUUUUGCACAGUCUGAGUAAAUC